CACACAAUGUCAGUAGUGCGUUCAUCCGUCCAUGCCAAAUGGAUCGUGGGGAAGGUGAUUGGGACAGCGAUGCAAAAAACUGCCAAAGUGAGAGUGACCAGGCUUGUUCUGGAUCCCUACUUACUAAAGUAUUACAAUAAGCGAAAGACCUACUUUGCUCAUGAUGCCCUUCAGCAGUGCACGGUUGGGGACAUUGUGCUGCUCAAAGCCUUACCUGCGCCACGCUCCAAGCACGUGAAGCACGAACUGGCCGAGAUUGUUUUCAAGGUUGGAAGAGUCAUAGAUCCAGUGACGGGAAAACCCUGUGCAGGUACCGCCUACCUAGAGAGUCCGGUUGGCUCCAAGCCUACCCAGCUCGCGCAUCUAACGGAACAUCUAGAAGAGCUCACCAUCUCCUCAGCCCAGUAA